UCUUCACCAACCGCCGCCUGCUAUGCAAAUCAAUCCCCGCAACGCCCACAGCCGUUAUUCUGACCCCGCCCCUAUUUCCACCUUGUUAUGAAAGAAAUAAGAUCCGGCUGAGAGAGGGGGAGGUUGUCGCGCAUGCGCAAUCAAAACACCUCUCCAGUCGUGUUACCUUCCCUCAGUUGACUUCUUCCGCCAGCUAGAGAGCUGUCUCAAGGAUAUCCUUCCGCCUCGAGAAAUAGUCCCCAAGGCCCUUUAAGAACUAUAAGGGACUCAAAACAGCAUGUGUCCAUAUUACGUAAGAAGAGAGAUCAAAGUGACACCUCCGAUACAUCGCUGAGAGUUGAUCCCACUGAGCUUCAAAUUCACUUCGAAGUAACCAAGCACAGGAUUGUUCUGCUAGAUCCAUUGCACAGAGGAGAUCCAAAUGGCGAGAGAACGGGCCCAAGAAAUGGUGCAUUCGGACUCUACUCAAAAUGGGUCCUUUGCUGCGGCUGCUUAGAGUGUAAUCAGCGCCAAACCCCAAAGGCCAUCGAGUCCAGCCUGUAUCCCCAGCCUCCAGGAAACAGAGGAAAGCUCCAGACUACAAUUCCCAGCAUCCCACGGGGAGGCAGGCGCUUAAAGGGCCACGCCUGCUUUUCGGAUUCGAAUUCAGGCCCCGCCUCGGCUAAGCCCAGCCCAUCCCUGCUGCAGGGGACACUCAGGACGCCGCUUUGGAGCUCUUCCAGCAGCACACGGAAUCGGCCACUCAAAACCUGUGCAAUUCUGAUUGGGAUCCCGUCUAGUCCGCUGAACUUGAAUGCAUUCUCCAACACGAAGCAUGAAGCGCCCUAAAAGGAGGAGGGAGAUGCUCAAACAGGUCAAUGGCACAAAAAGCAACCCGGCCCUCAACCCAAGGGAAGUCGAGCAUCGUCUUGGAAGAGAGGUGGAAUCAUUCUUAAGCGACGAGCGGCAACUACAUCUCAUUGAUGACCUUACCAAAGUGAAUCCUGUCACCACCACAACCGUUCUCAGGUGCCUCCAAGCACGAUAUGCUACCCAUGUCUUCUAUACCAAGGCCGGCUGCAGCCUGGUGGCCGUCAACCCCUUCCGUCCAAUUCCGGCUCUCUACACGCAAGAGCUCAUGGAAGAAUACCACACUGCCUCCUGCCUCCAGGAUCUCAAGCCACACGUUUUUUUGGUGGCCGAGGAAACAUACCGAAAUGUUGAAAGCCAGAUUCCACCAGUGAACCAGUCUGUUAUUGUCAGUGGAGAAAGUGGGGCUGGAAAGACAUGGACGUCCCGUUGCCUGAUGACGUUUUACGCCACCGUUGCCGCCUCCUCUUCGGUCCCUAAAGGCAGCAUAACGGCGGAAAAGAUCGAGAAGAGAGUCUUGGACUCCAACCCUGUGAUGGAAGCUUUUGGGAAUGCCUGCACCCUGAGGAACAGCAACAGCAGCCGUUUUGGGAAAUACAUCCAGCUGCAAUUGAACAGAGCGCAGCUCCUCACCGGUGCCUCCAUCCAGACCUUCCUAUUGGAGAAGACGAGAGUGGCCUAUCAAGCCCCGCAGGAGAGGAAUUUCCACAUUUUCUACCAGGUUGCCAAAGGGGCCACCGAAGUGGAGCGACUCGAGUGGAGCCUUCCUCGUGGUGCUACGUUCUCCUGGCUGCCCAAUUCUGAAAAAUCUCUCGAAGAGGACAACUUCGACGUGACGCGGAAGGCUAUGUCCCAUUUGGGUAUUGACAGUUCCAUGCAGAAUAACGUCUUCAAGAUAUUAGCAGGCCUGCUCCACUUGGGCAACGUUGGCUUCUGUGAAUCGGAGGAUGAGUCGCAACCUUGCACACUGGAAGCGCAUGCCAAAGACUCUGCCAAGACUGCUUCCCGACUGUUGGCGGUGCCCCAAGAGCGGCUGGUGGACGUGCUGAGCUUCCGGAGGAUCACGGCCGGGAAACAGCGGCAGGAGUUCAAGAAGGCCUGUCCCAAGGCCGAGAGCGGGAUGCGGAGGGACUGCCUGGCCAAGGUUGUCUACGCCAAGCUCUUUGACUGGCUGGUGGCGGUGAUUAAUGCAAACAUCUACGCAGAUCCUUCUGGGUGGAGCAACUUCAUCGGUCUGUUAGACGUUUACGGCUUCGAAUCCUUUCCGGAGAACCACCUGGAGCAGCUGUGCAUCAACUACGCCAACGAGAAGCUCCAGCAGCAUUUUGUCAGCCAUUUUCUGAAAGCACAGCAGGAGGAAUAUGCCCUGGAAGGCUUUGAAUGGUCCUUCAUCAACUACCAAGACAACCAAAGUUGUUUGGACGCAAUCGAAGGCAGUCCCGUGAGCAUCUUCUCGUUGCUGAAUGAGGAGUGCCGUCUCAACCGUCCCUCCAACACUGGGCAGCUUCAGACCCGGAUCGAAGUCGCUCUGUCUGAUAAUCGGUGCGUCAGCCAGGACCGAUUUUGGAAGGAGCCGAAUUUCAUUGUUUCCCAUUACGCUGGAAACGUCUGUUACCGGGUGGAGGGCAUGGUCGAGAAGAACAAGGAUCCCGUCCCACCGGAAUUGGUCUUGCUCCUGCAACGAUCCCAAGAUCCCUUGCUUCAGGAAUUGUUUCCAGCGGAUGCCUCCAGAAGCGGUGAAGACAACGUCAAAGCUCAGACCAAACCGGCGGUGGUGACAGUCGUCUCGAAAUUCAAGGCUUCCCUGGAGCAGCUGAUGGAGAUCCUGCACAGCACCUCCCCACAUUACAUCCGGUGCAUCAAGCCCAAUGCGGAAUGUGAAGCCGCCCUCUUCCGACAAGAGGAGGUUCUGCGUCAGCUGGAGGCCUGUGGCAUCGUGGAGACAGUCAGCAUCAGCGCAGCCGGUUUCCCAGUCAGGAUGUCAUUUGGAAGCUUUCUAGAGCGUUACAAGGUGCUCAAGAAGCCCCAGAAGCCAAACUCCAGAGCUGAGAAGCACCAGGAAAAUGGCUUCGCUCCUGUUAGAGGAAACGGUUGGAAAGCAGAAGCAUCUUCGGAGGAGGAGGAAGAGGUCCGAAACAUCCUUUGGCAAACGUGUGAGGAGCACGAAACCCGUGCAAAUCCAGCGUACUGUGGCAAAACCAAAGUGUUUAUGACCAACGCUAUGUUGGAUCUCCUCGAGGGCCGGCGGAUGGGCGUCUUCUCCGAGGCAGCUUUCUGCGUCCAGCGCUUUUGGCGGAGGUUUAAGAGGCGGAGGGAGGCGGAGCGGUCGCGGAGUGCCCUCAUCAUCCAAUCAGGGGUUCGCUCGUGGUUGGCCAGGAAGCGCUUCCAAAAAUGUCGCAAGGCUGCUGCGGUCGUCCAAAGGGCAUGGAAGCGAUGGAAGGCCAAGAGAGACGCGAAGGCAGCCGAGGAGCUGGACGAUGCUGACGCCGGAGGGACCUUCCUUGGAGCAUCUCUCCCCGCAAAACGUAGUCGUCAAGGCGCAUCCUUUCGAUUCUGGCCCCUCGGCCUCCUCCCGUCGAUGGUGCCUUCCGGGCCGGGCAGCUUUCGGCAAAGCCUCACCCUUCUGAACUGCCUCCGGGUCCUGCAGAACAACUCACCUGACGCUGGACUCUGGAGUCGCCCGUCGCACGGCGUCACUUCUGUUCGCGCCGUCCCACAGGGCUCCAUCAAGUUCCGUUGCCGGAAGUCGCCGCUGCUGUUUGCGGACACCCAGCCCGACGCCUACAUCGUCACCGGCUUCAACCAGAUUCUCCUCGACAAGCGACUCUCAGUUUGAAAGUGGACUCGCAGGCCUGGGAUAGUGAGCAUUUAUCGCACUUUAACUCUCCUUUUUAUAAAAAACAGCCCUCUCUUUUAUACCAAGGUGGCCUUUGUGACAAUUCGGAAGACCGUUUCCAGACUCAGGGCAAAAUGCAACGGUUCUUCUCCCAUCCUCUGUUCGUUCCCAAAGAUUUUCUUUUGUUUCAGGCGAAUGGCGCAACAAGCAAAAUGGCUGUAUUUCCUUCCCCAAUAAAUACACCCAAAACCUGGCCGUCACAAAUUAAUAAACUUUAUUGAUUUCAUAA